CAGCGGCGGGCCGGUGCCCGGCCGGGGCUCGCCCGGGGCCGGGCCGGGCCGGGCCGGGCCGGGAGGGAUGGUUAUUCACGGCUCUGGUAUGCGCUGCGCUGCUCCGGCCGGCGGUGCUUACACCGCCCCCGGCUCCCUCGGCCCUCACCAGCCGCGGGGCAGCGAGCGAGGAAGCCGCGGAGGAGGAGAAAGGAUGAAUCUGCUUCUCUGCUGCCUUGGCAUUGCCGCUCUCCUUAGGUCCAGCCUGGCCUGCCCCAGGACCUGUACUUGCUCCAUAAAGAAGAACGGACGCCUGCUGGCGGAGUGUGCCUACAAGGAUCUGCAGGAGGUGCCAGAGGGGCUGUCGCCCAACGUGACAAUCCUCACUCUGUCGGCCAACAGGAUCAGCUCGCUCUGGGAGAGUUCUUUCUCCGAGGUUCCCGAAGUGCAGUCGCUGUGGCUGGGCUACAACCAGAUAAACUCCAUUGAGCCAGGCACUUUUGCACAGUUGGUGCAUUUGAAGAACCUGGACCUGAGCCACAACAAGAUUGUGGAUUUCCCCUGGAAAGAUCUCCGCAACCUCAGUGGCCUGCAGAUCCUGAAGAUGAACAACAACCGCCUGGCCAGGCUGCCUCGGGACGCCUUCUACUCCCUGAAGGACCUGCGAUCCCUGUGGCUCAAUGACAAUGACCUGACCACUCUGGCUGAGGGCACUUUUGACAACCUACCCUCCUUGUCCCAGCUGCAGAUCUUCAACAACCCCUUCAAUUGCUCCUGCAAGGUCUUCUGGCUGAAGAAGUGGACUGAAAACACCUCUGUCUCCAUCACCAAGGGGGGGUCUAUCCUGUGCGUGGCUCCCAGCAGGCUCAAAGGGAGGGCUGUAACUGACAUCCCCGACCACUACUGCGUUGCCCCCUCUGUGCAGCUCACUUACCUCUCCAAUCUGGACAACACCGUCAUGUACGAUGGCCUCACCCUCACUCUGCACUGCAGCGUGGCGGGCAAUCCCCCACCACAGAUCAGGUGGAAGAUCCAGACCUCCAGCCGGAGCAUCGAGAUCAAUGGGCCCAACGUGGCAAGAAAUGGGAACAUCCUGCGUCCUGAGCUCUCUAAGCAGAGCCAGGAGCACUUCCUGGUCUUUAAGAAUGGCACCAUGGCCAUCCCCAACUUCAGCAAAGAUGAUGAAGGCAUCUAUACCUGCCUAGCUGUCAAUGAUGUAGGCACGCGGGAGGUCUCAGUCAACGUGGCCUUGGCCGGGUCAGAGAAUCCAGCUGAUGACCUGCUCCGAAAUGCCCCCCAGGCCAGCCACCUGGGAGGUCGGAGCUGCUACAAGGGAGAUGAACUGGAUCCCUCUGGUGCCGGAGAGAAGCUGGUGAUCGUUUACCAUAUGCCAAGGGAGUCAAAGAGUAAGGCUGGAGGAGUGUCUCAAAUCUGGCUGGGGACCCUGCUCCUGACUUUGGGCAUCACUCUCUGUUGUUGAAGGAAGGAGAAGGAAAUAGUGCCUUGGGGCUUCCUUCUCUUGCUGUAUCAUUUAUCUUCACGUAGUGCCAUGCGUUUGCUGAGCUUCUGGGAACCGCAGGAGGUCAGGAGUCAAAGGGAAUCUGAGACUCAAGCCCAGGCCUAGUAUUUCAACCCUUCGAUAGAUGGGAAUCAGGGCUGCGCUCCGUAAGUCAAGAGCUUUAAACAAGCCGGAAUGAAAUCAGAUCUGAGAGCAGUUCUUCACCAUGCCUGCCUCCUUCCAGGUGUCAAAUCUGCAACCUAACUUAGCUCUGCUCCAAGACCAAAGUACGGCUGCAGGAAAAAAGGCCACCUUUGAUAGGGGAAAUGACACCCAGCCUGGGAGCCCAUCUCUACCACCACGACCCCUCCUCUGUCUGCAGUAGCGCACAGCAGUGAGGGAGGGGAGGUGAUAUUUUGCAAAGAGAAUCUCAUCAGUCCAACGACACGUAAGGAAAGCAAAGAGCAGAUCCCAACAGUGAGCCAGAUGGCCAGACACCUGGUCCAUUUGCUAGCCAGGCGCUUAACUGUCCUACUACCAACGUCACGCUAAACACUAACAGUAUAAAAGCCAGUCUGAGAUUGGAGAAUUAGCCUUGGUUCUGGGUCCUGGGGUCACUAGGCAUGUGGCUCUAGGUGGACAGAUACCAGUAGUGCUGUGUAAGCAGUUCAGGAAUGCUCGGGAGGAGUAAAGGCAUGUUGUACCAGGCCAUGGGUACAAAUUUUUUUGCAGAGCAGUGGAAGCUUUUCCACUGUCUUCAUCCCCAUAGGAUCACAAACCAGCUCCUGCUGCCUGGAUCCUGGGAGCAUCCAAGGUGUCUGCACCCUUCCCAGGCAUGGAGGCUCUCUGCACUUUGCAGGAUCAGGCCCUGCUACACUCUCCCAGGUGUGAUAUGGCUGAUUCUCACCUUUUUCCACUGAAGCCUGUUGUCUGAAAUGCUCGGCUGGGCUGGACCCACCGAGCUGCUCUGGCUCCAAACGUGCCUCAGACUUCAGCAACAGGAGGGGAACCGAGCCCAGAGAGACCUAAAUCACUUCUCAGUGCUCCUCUCUGAUGGGAAGCUGAGCAGAGGCUCAGUGCUGGACGGGGAGGAACUGGUAUGGGAAGGAGGAAGGUAGACUGGUAGCUGGAAAGCCAGGACGACAGAGAGGCUGAGCUGCCCUGCAGUACCAUAAACAAUUCUCCUUAGCGCUUUAGCAUUCCUGUAUGGGACAUAUACUCCGUACCCAUGUGUCCCAGGGUGGCAUGGGAGAUCCCGUUGUCUCACGGGAGAAGCUCUGAGCUUCUCUACCCCUCAACCCCAACAUAGUGACAGUCCAACCCUUGCAAAGAGGAGGGCUGUGGGUUCUCCCGUCUCCUGCAGGACCGCUCGUUCCCUGUUGCGCGAUGUAUUCAUUCCCCGUGCCUUCUGCUAGUGCUUGUCCUGUAGGAGCUAUACGGAGAUGCCUGCAGACAGAUUGCCUUGUAUCCGAAGCUGUGUGGACAUCUCAAAGUGCCAAGCACAAUAAAUACCUUUUAAACGAA